AUGUCGAAACGAGGUCACCCGGAUCAGCAAAACUCGGGGGGAAGUGGGGAAACGGCCGCAAGCGUCCCCGCACCCAAACGCCCUUUCCUCUCCGGCUCGGAGCUGGUGCUCUUUAGUCGUGUUCGCUCACUCGAGGAGUUGGAUAAGCGCACCCUUCAGUUGCAAAACAAAAAACUCUAUGAGGCCCUCACGGAGAAGCGUUCAGCCAUUGGCGAUUUGCGCCAGAGAAUCGAGCAGCUAGAAAACAGGCAGGCUAAGGACGAUGCUCUGCUCUGUGUUGUUAACCGCUACUGGAACCAGUUAGACGAAGACUGUCUCCUCCUUCUUCAGCGUUGCGAAGUUGACGUAGAUGAGAAAGUGUCUAACUCGGCGGACUCAUUCCUCAAGCAAUUGGCUUCCUGGGAGAAGGAAGAAGUGCCUGAGAAGUUGCAGCAACGCGUCCACUUUUCAAAACGCAUUAUUGCUCGGCUUCUAACGUCCUAUGAAAGACUCGUCGCACAUCAAAGCCGGCUUCGUUCACUCCUUGUUGAUGAUCUGAAGUCCGAGAGAGUGAUGAAGACACUGACUUCCGCCAAAUCUACCAAAGCGUCCAUCCGCUCUGAAGACCAGGACGCAGGCGAGGGAGUGAAUAAGAUGGAGAACAAGCUUGAGGCUGACACCACAGCCGACGGCAGCACUGCGGGGCGAAGUCACACCCCAUCGCCAAGCGAAAAGGUGAUCACUGCGCUUCGAGAGGAGAUCGCGUCUCUAAGUGCGGAAAACAACCGACUUCAGAGCCUCUGCACGGAAAUGCACGCCAAUCACCGGCAGCAAAGUCUUAAUAUGGCCGGAGUUAAAGCCUGUUUGGUUCCUUCGCAGGUUCGCGAACUUCAGGACCGUUGUCAGGCUAACUCCGACGCUGCCGAUGAAUGGAAAGCCAAGUAUGAGGAGUUGGAGUAUAAACUCCAGCAGUCCACCGCACAACUUGCCCUCCUCGACCAUCGCCUUUACGAUGUCCAACAGACCAAGAAGCUACUUGAAGAGGAGUUGUCUGCCUUCAAAGGAACCUCCGGAUCUCCUGGAGAGGCUGGCGAGGACUCGGGUGGCAGCAACAGCGGUGGCGGCGGCGGCGGCAGUGGUGGUGGCGGUGUGCCCGGCGUAACAAAGAGCAAGUACAACGACAUGUUGUGCGAGUUGGAGGAGCAACGCGAGCUCGCCGCCAACCGUCUCACCGAGCUCGAACGCCUCCAGCGCCAGCACGAAGAGAAGGUGGCGGAGUGCGCGAAACUCACCAUGCAGGUGAGCGACCCGCCCGAGCAGCUGAUUCACGAUUCGCCCCCGUACAAAUCCCUGAAGGUCCAAUUUAACAUCCUCUUUAACGAGGUGAAGUUGCUUCGGUCUCAACUAGAGGACUCGCGGAACAUGACUCAAACAAUUCGCAAUGCUCACCUCAAGCAAAUCGAGGAAAUGGAGGCAAACGAGACAGCCAUUUUGAACCAGAUGCGUGGUGAAAUGCUGGCACAGGAAGAGCUCUACUCCAAACUCCGAAGGGAAUUCGAGAUGAUCGAGGCAGACUUCAAACAGACGGUCGCGCACAACGAGCAGGCUGGUCCCAUUAACAGUGAAAUGCGCAGCCUCAUUACAACUCUGCAGCUGCAAAACAAGCAACUUAAAAACGAGAUUGUCCGUUAUCGACGCAAGUCGAAGGAGGCCGCAAACGACUGUCAAAUGGUGACUGAUGAGCUUCGGUCUACUGAGGAGGAGCUUGCGCGCACAAGGGCAUCCCUUGCCGAGGCUACGGCCGCGGUGAUUCAGCUCACUGACGAAUUGGCCUCCUCAAACUCCGCCCUGCCCACUCCUGCGUCUUCUGACCGCCCCCCGAAACAGGAUGCACCGGCUGUGAAGUCGGAAAGUGGCGACGCUGGGGGUGCCGAUGUGGAUAAAAAAUCCGAGGGCGAUUCAGGUGCCAAAGCGGAGGAACCAGGAACCUCCAGCCGUUCUUCGAACAUUAACGAACCUCCCGUUCCUCAUUCCCGUAGCCCUUCUGCAUCUCCGUCGACGAAAUUGGUCAGUCGCUGCUCCUUCUACUCCUUUAUCACUCUAAGAUCUCCCUAG